UGUUACACAAGGUAAGAAGAAGUGAAUAAAAGUGUUACUGACUUCAACUUUUUAUGAAAAUUUCAUUUCAUGGAUUAAUAUAACUAACUCCUUUUAUGAUAAUAUGUCAAAAGGACAAACAUAUUUGCUUAGGAUAUCAAAUGUAGGGACAGCUUGGAGCUUCAAUUUCAGGAUUCAAAACCAUAAAUUACUUUUGGUUGAAACUGAAGGAUCUUAUGUGAAUCAGAUAGAUUUGGAUUCUCUUGAUGUUCAUGUAGGCCAAUCCUAUUCAGUUCUUGUCACAGCAAAUCAAAAUCCUGCUGAUUAUUACAUAGUGGCUUCUCCUAAAAUGAGUCUUAACAACAGUCUUGUUGGCAUUGCUGUGCUUCAUUAUGAUAAUUCCACAACACAGGCUAAUGGACCUCUCCCAAUUGGUCCAGAUCCAUUUGAUUUGGAAUUCUCCAUCAACCAAGCUAAAUCCAUUAGGUGGAAUCUAACAGCAGGAGCUGCAAGGCCUAAUCCACAAGGAACAUUCAAUGUAACAAAUGUAACAAUAUCUCAGACUUUUAUUCUAGAAGCAUCAACUGCGACGAUUGAUCAAGUAUCUUUCCACACUGUCAACAAUGUGUCAUACUCGACACCAAAAACACCACUGAAGUUAGCUGAUCACUUUUCCAAUGGAUCUGGUGUGUAUGAACUUGAUGCUUAUUCCAAGAACACUUCAAAUGUUAAAGCGGUUCGCGAUGUUUUUGUAGCAAGUGCAUUGCAUAAAGAGUGGGCAGAGAUAGUGGUUAAGAACACUUUAACCAACAUUGAUUCUUGGCAUUUGGAUGGAUAUAGUUUCUUUGUUGUUGGAUAUGGAGAAGGAGAAUGGAAAGAAGAGUCAAGGUCAAGUUAUAACCUAUUUGACCCCGUCGUUCGCUCAACUGUGCAAGUGUUCCCUGGAGGAUGGAGUGCAGUUUAUGUGUAUCCUGACAAUCCAGGAAUGUGGAACUUGAGAUCACAGAAUUUGAAAAGUUGGUAUUUAGGUGAAGAGCUUUAUGUGAGAGUUUUUGAUCCUAAUCCUAACCCUGCCAAAGAGAAACCUCCUCCACAGAAUCUACUUUUAUGUGGCAAGUAUCAACCUUCAGCUCCACCUCCUACUCCUCCUCUUCCUCCAUCACUGUCACCUCCACCCCCACCACCGCCAAACGUUCCAUCAUCCAAGGCAUACAAUCCACAUACAACAAGGUCUCUACUUGCUAUGAUCACCACUGCCAUGUGUUUCAUCUGCAUUGGUUUCCAUUGA